AUGGCCACCUCCGCUCGAGCCUCCACUCUCCCGCUCCCGCUUCAUCGCGAUGUGCUGUGCUCGGCCGGCCGGCUCCUGGCAGAGUCGCACGUGGCGACAAGCGCUGCUGGCGCAGAUACCGGCCUACCGAGAAUGAUCCUCCCGCGUGCGCUGGAUGAAGGUACCUUGUCGGGCUUUGCCUCGGAUUUUGUCUCCUUUGCUCAGAUCGUCGCUCGGAGCUGGGCUACCCGCUCGCGCAUGCUGGCGGCCGAUGCACUCGCGCGGCCAAAGGCGGUCGUGCACGGACUCGCCCUCACCGGUCACGACGACAUCGUUGUCAGCGGCUCGCAGACGGUGGCACUGGAGCCCGCGCAGGAUGCUCCACGCCCAGUCUGCUUGCGCAUCGAGGACUUGGCCUGCCUCGCGAGAGUGCUCGCCGCAGGCGACCCGGACCCGAUCGAGGCGCUCGCUGCGGUGGUCGCCGGCUACGCCACUGUCGCGCCGCUCACUGACCUCGAACUCGAGGUGGCGUUUGACGCAGUCCUCGCCUCGCUGCUCACGGCUGUUAUCGCCGACCCGGCCGCAACCUCGAGCGCGGCGUAUCUACUUUCGAGCCUAUCGUCGCUCUCGCGUGACUGGGUCCACUUUCGCCUCCGCGCCGCGAUGGGCCUCCCUGACCCGGUUCCCGGCACUGCACAGCUUGUUGCAGCCCUCGGCGAUCCUGCGCGUACGCUUCCGUCGCUCUUUGCUGACCCGGCCGUCGCUCGCCGCGCCGCCGCUCAGGACUCUUUCCUUGUCCUGGACUUGUCGGCCAACUCGCCGCACGUCACCGCUACCGAUGUCGCCGAUCCGGCCAUGUUUACUGCGGCUGUUGAUGCCGCGCUGGCGGCCGCCGGAGCCGAGUUUGGCCUCGGCCAGUACCUCGAAGACCGUUCGAUUUACGGCACCGACGCGUACGCGCCUCUUCCGGCGCCGGCGGCGCCAGGCGAUGCCCCACGACGCGCCGACGGGCCUCAGUCCCUUCCCCGCCGGUCGAUGCAUCUCGGCGUUGACGUUUUCGCGCCUGCCGGAACCGAGGUCUGUGCUCUUCUGCCCGGCCAGGUCCACUCGUUUGCGGUCAACGCCGCGUUCCAGGACUACGGCCCGACGGUUGUACUCGCUCACUCUGUGGCGGCUUUGAACGUGGCGGCGGGCGGAGGCGCUGCAGCCGGGAUUGACACUUUCUACACCCUCUAUGGCCAUCUCUCGAUCGACUCGCUUGCCGGCCUUCAGGUCGGCAUGCAUGUGCCUGCCGGUGCCGUUGUCGGCGCGCUCGGUGACGUCGAGGUUAACGGCGGCUGGCCGCCGCACUUGCACUUUCAGAUCAUGCUCCACAUGUGUGGCAAGAACGGCGACUUUGAGGGUGUUGCCCAGCUUCGUCACGCUCCGCUGUACGCGUCGCUCACUCCGGAUCCAAACCUCCUCCUCCGCUUCCCAGCGCUGGGCGAGACGCACAGAGAGCGUGACACUGCAUCGCGCGAGGUCGAGGACGCGCUCAUCGCUCGUCGCACCGCUGUCCUCUCGCCCAACCUCUCGCUCUCGUUUGACGAGCCGCUGCACAUUGUCCGUGGCGAGGGUCAGUAUCUUUACGCCGCUGACGGGACGCAGUACCUCGACUGUGUCAACAACGUGUGCCACGUCGGGCACUGCCACCCGCGGGUAGUCGCUGCCGCCGCCGCGCAGAUAGCGGUCCUCAACACCAAUACGCGCUACCUGCACACCAACGUCCUCGACUACGCCGAGAAGCUGCUGGCCACGUUCCCGGACGAGCUCUGUGUCGCCUUUUUCGUCAACUCGGGCUCCGAAGCCAACGACCUCGCGCUGCGUCUCGCGCGCGCCGCCUCCGGUGGCGAUGCCUGCAUUGUCCUCGACGGUGCGUACCACGGCCACCUCAGCUCGCUUAUCGAGCUCUCGCCGUACAAAUUCAACGGCAGGGGCGGCUCCGGCCAGAGUGACCAUGUCCACGUUGUGCCCAUGCCUGAUCCGUACCGGCAUCCCGAAGCGUGUGACGGCGGGGCGGCGGGCGCCGCCGCGCUCGCGUCCAUCGCUGCCGCCGGCCAGAAGGUCACCGCGCUCUUCGCCGAGUCGGUGCUCGGCUGCGGCGGGCAGGUUGUGCUGCCAGACGGCUACCUCGCCGACCUGUACGCUGCUGUUCGCGCCGCCGGUGGCGUCACUGUCGCCGACGAGGUCCAGGUCGGCUUUGGGCGUGUCGGCUCGUUCAUGUGGGCCUUUGAGAGCCAGGGCGUGGUACCGGACAUUGUGACACUCGGCAAGCCGAUGGGCAACGGUCACCCGCUCGCGGGUGUUGUCACUACCCGUGCCAUUGCCGACGCCUUUCACAACGGCAUGGAGUUCUUCUCGACCUUUGGUGGGAAUCCGGUGUCGAUGGCGGUCGGCGCCGCCGUCCUGGAUGCCAUCGACGCCGAUGGGCUUAUGGCCAACGCGGCUGCGCGCGGCGCCCAGCUCCUCGCCGGCUUUCGCGCCCUCCAGGCACGGCACCCGCUCAUUGGCGAUGUCCGUGGCAUGGGCCUCUUCAUCGGCGUCGAGCUUGUCCGCGACGCCGCCACCAAGGAGCCCGCUGUUCCGGAGAUCGACGCCGUUGUUGAGCACAUACGCAGGCAUUGGCGGACGUUUGUCUCGACCGACGGCCCGCUGCACAACGUGCUCAAGCUCAAGCCGCCGCUCUGCCUCUCGCACGCCGACUGCGAGCGGGUCAUCGCCGCCCUCGACGAUGCACUCACCCGUGUCGAGGCUGGCGACGUCGCAAGUUCGAGCCAGCCCCUCACAUAACACCGCGUGACGCCGCAGUGACGCGUACCCCGAAUUCGAACAAUGUAAUGUCCACGUGGUCCCG